GGCUUCGAAGCCAGGGCAUUCCACCAUUUUCGCUGUGCUCGGGAAAAACAACAGACAGCGUCAUGUCAGGCCAGCAAGAAACAGCCCGUUCUGCAUCUUCUAACUCAUCCAUCGACAGCAAAUUGCAUGCACUACCGCUCAAACAACACCCACAAAAUCGACUGAAGCUGUUUCCAACCAGAAUGUCUGGGCCAACUAAUGGAAGCGAGUCCAGCCAUCUGAUACUGUCCCCGAAUGGCUUGCAGCCUGGCUUGAUUGAUCACCCUAAGACGGCCAUCCAACUAUCUGGGACAACAACUGAUAAGCUAGCAAUACAAAAGUUCCAUCCCGCUCGUAUCUGGUUUGCUAACGUGCCAAUAGGAGAGGCUCUACUUACGGAGACCGGCAGAAAUAAUGAGUCACGAUCAAGCUCGUACCAGACAGCUUUCACGCAUUUUGACACUCUCAGAAUUAAAGACGGCAAUCCAUCACGACACUGGUGGCAGACUCCGAAUGACGACACUCCCAUCGAACCAGAAUCUGCGAGCUUCAAGCAAAGAGAGUCGGAGCUAUUAUCAAUCGCCACAAGAUUUCCAGCUAUGAGAAAGCCCCCUUUGAUUGGUGCUCCGGUCGUCAGCAAAUUCCGCGAAGAUUUGGGUUCGAACCAGCGUUUGAGGGAGAAUAAGACACCGAUGCUGGCAAAGAUUCAAUCGCUGCUCAUGUCAAAAUCGCAAAGGAGAAGAGAGUCGUGUGAUGACCCGGCGUACAAAGCUCAACGGCUUGUGCGGCCACCGACUCCUGGUUUUGUCCUUAACCGUGAAGGAGACCCAGGUAACCUCAAGAAAGUCCGCCCUUGGAGGAAGUUCGUUGGAGUCAACUACUUAGGUGUAAGACCAGCUUCCGUUCAGCAACAGUCUCUUCCUUGGGGUGUGGAAAUCAAGGCGACCGGUGCACAGACACAGCUCUGGGAUAAAGAUCCUGUCAAUUCAUCAAGUGAGUCUCACACAGCGGUUGUGGCUGCGCCAAGACGCGUCCCAGAUACGACGACGCAGAGAUCUCUUCAUGUCACAUGCCAUGAGCUUAGUGCUGAGCAGACCCGUCAAGAUGAUGAGUUACAGCAAGCCAAGACAAAUGAUGUGGGAUGCCCUCAGAGGUUGAAAGAGAUUUUGAGUACUCCGAAGAGAAGCUUUUCUGUCCAGAUCGCGAGCGUCCCCGGCGACACGGAGCUUUCACAUAGUCUCCAAUCGUUUGGAACUGCUCAAGGGUUCGUAACAACGAGAACACAGUCAUUGUUGGGAGACAAAAUGCCCCGGUUUCCUCCUGGUCAGCAGGAAGAGCCAGCUGGCGGUGGCACUAGCAGUCUGAAAAGGUCGAAGUCUAGCGUCGAGCACAGAGUAUCAGUUCGAGAAGCCCGCCCGGACAAAUUCAUGACUUGGCAUAGCGCACCAGCAAGGCAACAGAUUCUCUUCGAAAGCACUCUAGAGUUUGGCGUGCAAUUGGAAAAGGCCUUGGCAGAUGCAAAGCUCAUGGUAUUGCAAUAGAUGGUCGAACGGGGGCAGCCGUGAUGCUGUAUUGAGUCAAGUUUGGACAUUAAUUUCGUCGUAGUCUGGGCACAGAGUGUUCGCAAGCAUGGUUAAAGCCGCGUCUAACGGAUUUUGGAAGAAGGAGG